AUGGCCCUGGUGACCGUCUCGGGCCUCCCCUCUUCGGGACGCACAACUCGCUCCCAACAGCUCAAGCACGACUUCGAGGUCCGGAUACGCGUCGCCGCCGCCGCCGCCUCGUCGUCAUCGUCGCCGCCGCCGCCGCAGCAGCAGCAGCAGCAGCCGCCUCUGCCCAGCCGCGUCGUCAUCGUCUCGGACGACGAUGUCCACGUCGCCCGCUCCGCCUAUGCCUCCCAACGCACCGAGAAGCCCGCCAGGGCCUCCUACCUCUCAGCCGUGACGCGCGCGCUGGGCAAGGACACCAUCGUCAUUGCCGACGGCGGCGCGGGGCUCAACAUCAAGGGGUUCAGGUACCAGCUCUGGUGCGCCGCAAGAGAGGUGGGCGUCAAAUGCCUCACGGUCCACGUCCACGCGCCGCCCGCGCUCUGCACCCACUGGAAUGCCAAGCGACGCGCGCAGCACGGCGACGCGGCCAGCUACGACGACGAGACCCUCGACUCGCUCUUUAUGCGCUACGAGGAGCCCAACCCCAUGACGCGCUGGGACUCUCCCCUCUUUCUCGUCUCCUCGUCCCUCUCCGUCGCCGCUGCUGCACCAGGCCAAGGUGAAGAGGCCAUCGUCGACGACGAGGCGCAGCAGGUGCAGUGCGACCCUCUGCCGCUCGACGACAUCUGGGCAGCAGCGACGGUGGGGUCGGCGCACAAGGCGCCCGAGGUCGUGACGCCCACGCGCUCCACGACAUCCUCGUACCUCUCCCUCCUCGAAUCCGCCACACAGCACAUCCUCUCCCUCAUCCUCACCCACACCUCCACACUCGGCUUCCAACCGGGCGCCACUAUCCCGCUCAGCAGCCCCUCCCUCGUCGGUCCGCACCCGCUCGCCCUCACCAUCCCGUCGCACAAGAUGCCCACCCUCGCUUCGCUCCAGCGCCUCCGAAGGCACUUUGUAAAGAUCCACAACGCCGGUAGUGCAGCCGUCAACCAGCUCGGCCUCGCUGCCAGGGACGAAGGCGGUUACGUCGCCCUCUCGGCCACGGCAUCGACCUCGGCCCCCAGCAAGGGGGUUCCCCAGCCGUCGCCAGAGUAUCUCGUCGCGCGCCGCUUUGUCGCCUGGCUCGAGGAGACCAUGUGA